CCGAAGUUAGAAAAAGCAACUCCGCGGAGGCCGAGUCUUCGAAGUGAACUUGUUGCGCAGGGUGGAAACAUACACUAUCUGCCUCACGCGCAUUUCAAACUAAUUAAAACAUGGAGUGGACCAUUCGUAGGUAUAAGGACCCUGACAAGGAGACAGUCCUGUCCCUGUACUCCCAAGUCACACAUGAGCAGAUCUGGCCAUGUUUUAGAAAUGCUAUGAGCAGCCCGCUCUACCUGUGCUUCUCCCUGGGUCUGGGCGUCACUGGCUACCUCCUGGCCUCUGGUUUAGGAGCCCUUGUGCUUGUUUCUGGCUGGGCAGGCCUAGUCUACUACUGCUGCCACAAGUUGUAUGCUGACUAUGCCAGAGACAGCCUCAAGACGGACAUGCAGGACAUACCGGCGAGCUACAUGGCCCAGCCAGACGACUGCUUCUGGGUGGCAGAGACUGUUGCCACUGGGAAGGUGGUGGGUAUGGUGGCUGUGGUGGCUAAGACGAACGGUACAAUGAGGUACAGUGAAUUGUUCAGAAUGAUAGUUUCACCUGUGACACGCCAAAAGGGCCUUGGAUCCAGAAUGGUUCAGACAGUUCUGGACUUCUGCAAGCAGCGUGGGAUGUCCAAGGUUACCCUAGUGACCUCUGCCAGUCAAACGGCUGCCAUUGCCCUGUACCGGAAAAUGGGGUUUAAACUCGUCCUCUCACAUACUAAGACACAUCUGCCUGAUUGGAUGAUGAAGAUAAAUAGAGCUACGUAUAUCGUGAUGGAAAAAAAUAUAUAGCCAGUGAGAAACAGCACGUAAAGAUCUUGUUAAACAUUAUUUAAAAAAAGUUGAUGUGUAAUGUUCAAUCCAACAAACAUUGAACUUGUGUGUGUUAAAGCGCCAAAGGAUGGUAGUGUUGUUUGUAGGCUAAAGGUGAUUCUUAAGAUACAUUUGAUACACAAGUGAAACCCUUCUGAUCAUAACAGAAUAAAAUGUUGUUCAUGUAGCAUAUAUACAAGUGUGGACAUUGAGCUACCUACAAUUAAACAACAAUUACCCUAGGGUAAUAAUAAUAAUAAUAAUAAUCCAUUUAAUUUAGAGGCGCCUUUCAAGACACCCAAGGUCAACUUACAGAGCAUAUAGUCAUCAUAAAUCGUUAAAAAAAAAGAGAAGAAAUUGUGGAAAAAAUAAAAAAAUAAAAAAAAUAAUAAUAAUAAAACAAAAACAAGACAAAACAAAACAAACAAACAAUCACGUUAGACGUUGUGUGCGAGUUUGAACAAUUUGGGUAAUUACCUAAGGGACCCUAUUAUACCACCAGGUGUGAAUUGUGAUUAGCCAUUACAAGCCAGCCAUUCCUGACAGCAUAUUGUGACUUAGUGACAUCAUAAGUAGAAGUGUCCUGUAUGAAGGGACCGAUGUUCCCAGCUCACAGCAAGUAAGGGACCUGAAAUGCAAAAACAGUCGUUACAGAAUAGCUACAUGUAUUUGUUUACUGUUUUUACUGUAAACCAUUUGUAGU